AUGGUAAUAAUGGAGAGUUGUUGUUUGCCAGAAAAUAGUUAUAACGAAUUAUGGCAAGAAAUAGAUCGUUGUCAUUUAAGCUACUUGGUGUUAGAAGAGAGUCCAGAAAAAAUUGAUCAAAGGAAUAGACUAGAAGAAUACAUCCACGAUUUCCUGUGUGUAUCAGGACAUUAUCAUAAAUUCACCUUCCACGAGACACAAGAAGUUCUACAGUUGUCUGCAACUUACAAAAAAGAUUUUAGUGCUUAUAAGGCAAUAAUGGGAUUUAAUGCUAUCCAAAUGUAUGCUGGGAAUUUGUUAGCACAACCCUGGAGAAAAGAAUAUAAAACUUUAAAGACUUAUUCUGGUUUCUAUAAGCACCAAGUAGAAGCAAAUUUAAUCGGAGCUGAAAAAUUGUUUGAAGCCAUGGGUUACAGGUAUUACGGAGAAGGACUACUAGUCCUGGAGGACCCCAUAUGCCCGGAUAGAGUUACAGCCGUUUCUAGAGAUUGUUUAAUUGCUUUCGUAGAAUGCCAGAUUUUAAAAGCCAUUUGGGAAGAAGUUUGCACUUCGUUCAAAAUAUCCUGGUUGGAAGUUCUGGACUUUCGAAAAAACCACAUUUGCACCCCAGAAGAAUGCAUGAUAGCGUUGAAAAGCAGGCAUCACCAUCGUCAAUACCAGGAGCACUCUAGGAGCUUAUCUCAAGGAUCUAAUCCUUUUCAGCCUGUCCAUUGUCAAACAAUUUCAGUUCCUGUUGUUUCACCUUUGGUUCCUAUGAACCACUCGUUCCCCCCUUCGAGUUCCCAUCAUCACCAUGUCGGGUUGCCUAUGCAGCCGGAAUAUAUGAACGGUUGUUGUCCCGGGAACUAUUCUGGUUAUACGAUACCGUACACUCAAGCGGUUAUGAGGCCGCAAGAUUUAAUUUAUAAUAUUCCCGUGACUGCUAAUAAUAUUUAUCCGGUUCCUACAGCAAAAUUGAUAGAAGUUGAACCUAGUCAUUCUUUUGACGUGGUUGAUAAUCCCAUUAGGACUCGACCAUUAAAGAAACCUGUAGAAAGCGAAUAUAAUAAUACUAUGAAAAACGGAGUUGACCCAAAAGAUUCGCGGCUCGAAGAUUGGGAUUAUGUAUACAGGAAUCUCGAAAACCAGGGUUACAACAAAGAUUUGGGUGAACGCGGCGAUAUUUUGAGUCCGAACUCGGCCAAGCAGCUCAAAGAUGUUAAAAAAAUGAAGCAAACGAACUUAGACGAAGCUUUCAACCACUUAAACGUAUACGAUAGACCUUUGAAAGUCAGCGACGCCCCCAAAAAAGCUCAAAGACUUUCGAUCGAUGUCAUUAAAGUUCAACCUAAAGAAAAACCAUUGACGAUCGAAAAAUGCGUGCAAGCUAAAACGGUAGAGAAGAAAAUUAAAGAUGAAAAACCGAUUAAGAAAAAAAUCGUGAACAAGCAACCGAUAGAGUCGUUGGACCCAUCCAAUAAAUGGCAGUGCAAACAUUGCACGUACCUAAACGACGGGGUUAAGGAUAUUUGCGAAAUUUGCGGGAAGAGUAAAAUCGUCAAAGACGAAGCGCCUAUCGAAGUAGGCGGUGCCGAAUGCAGCAAAUGUACUUUAGUCAAUUCGAAGAACAACCAAACUUGCGAGGCUUGCGGAACUGACUUGGCUGGCUCGCCGACUUACAUAUAA